CUUAUCUACAGUAUCUGCCAACUGGACAGCAUGCGUUCAUCUCACAUCACAAUACACAAAUUACAAUAGAGCUAAGAACUGUAUUGAAUUUAUCUAUUGCCUCUCUGAACAUUACUACGAUUAUCAACAUUUUGUGGGGCACUGACACAGAGACAUGAACUAUGCUUUUGAAAGGAGGAGCAAUGUAAGUGGGGCCUUGGCAUGGUCAAGUUUGGGAACCCCUGGUCUAAAUAACAUCUUAUACUAUCGUCGCCUAGUCAGAUUGCUAACAAGUUUCAUUGGGUAUCAUCACAUUAAGCAUCACACAGUUGCUGCUGCUACUGCUACUACUGUGAUCUGAACUCAACUCUACUGCUGAUCAGCUGUAUUAUUCUCUCGGAAUAUCACCCAUACACCUUUCUUGUUUUGGUUGUUUGUGUGUGUAUCUUUCUUUAGCACAAAUUACUUUGGCUUUUGCUAUGUAUAACACAUGCUAUGUAACUCAAAGCCCAUGCCUGCCAUUAUUGAGCUAAGCAACAGUAGAACAAGAAAAUUAACUACAUUAUUUUAGGAGACCAGUUUUGAAAGACAGACAAAGUGAUAGACACAUUGAUACUGCAGGUGUACUGCAACAUGGACGUAAUUCAUGGCAUCUUGUCUAAAAUGUAUGUUUUCCUGCAUUGCCUGGCUCUCAACAACACUGUCUGCACUUAUUUCAAGUUCACAUAUUUACUCUCUCACAUUGGACACCCACAUCACACGAGGAAACACACUUUGAGGAAGUAGCCUGACAACCUCACGUUUCGUUAACAGCUUGUGGCUCAGGUUUGCGAAUACAAUCUUUGAAUUGAGUGCUCCUAGCUGCCAGUCACUUCACAUGGUUUAAUGGUGGUAAGGGGCAGUCAAUCUCACCAAUGUCACAGACCAGCAGAUUAUACAACUCCUCAGACAACAGCAACCAUAGUCUAACAUGCAGACUGCAGCCAGUGAUCUACCAGUCGGUGGUAUUUCCCUGGGUCUACCUCUGCCUGGCUCUCUCUGGCUUCGUGGCCAAUGGCCUCGUCUUGCAUCGCCUCAGGCGGGCCAAGAGGAAGCCCAUGGUCAUUUUCACCCUCAACAUGGUGGCGUCCGACAUCAUCCAGUGUUUCAGCCUCUUUUUCAGGAUGAGAUUCUACCUCGAAGCCGACCAAUGGCAAGCUCAGGAUCCCAUGUGCGGCGUGACCAUAUUCGUGUCGGUCACGGUGUUCUACAUCAACGUCUACUGCAACAUGCUGUUCCUGCUGUGGAUUAGCCUUAGCCGCUACGCCACGGUGGCGCAGUCAACCCACAGAACUCUGAGGGUGUUCCAGAACGCCCGCUUGUCUCGACGCAUCAGCCAAGUCACCUGGCUGGGCACUGUGCUGGUCAUUGGCACCCACAUGAUAUACAAAGAGGUCCGUGGCGCGGGGACGACAGGCAGCUGUUUCGACCACAUGAACAACCGGAAGAAGACAAACUCCAACAAGGUGUUUGCGGUCGGCCUGGUGAUCUUCUACCCCAUCCUGGUGGUGAUGCUGUGCAGCUACACCUUGCUGCUGUACCACCUCCAGCGCAUCCACCGCUCCAGCCAGGUGAGCCAGACGCAGGGGGCUGGUGGGGGUCUCAGGGUCAAGAAGAAGGUGCUGGUGUCCUUGCUGGUGUUCCUCGUCUGCUUCCUGCCAUACCACGUCCAGAGGAGCAUCAUGAUCCUCUCCCAUGGUCCCUGUGAGGUUGAGCAGGAGUACUUCCGGGUCAAGACCAACACCAUCCUGGUGGCGGCGUUCCACUGCUUCCUAAAUCCCGUUCUCUACCUGACAUUCCGAAUGGAAUGCUGCCGUGGCAUUAGAAGGAACUCGGGAGCUGGAAUCCAUGACACCACGCACACCACAGGGGAAUUGGCGACACCCACAUGAUUGGAAAAAAAAAACUUUAAAGACUAUGAUGUACCUCACAAAAAUAUGUUUAAUUGGUAUUCUGAAACUUUGUAUCAUAAAUUUCUUCCUAUAAAAUGCUGAAUAUGUUCAAAUGCUGAAAACAGUCCUAAACACACCGUUUUAGGCCAUGUUCCGUUGCAAUCUUGUGUAGUGCAUGUCCGUUUCGGAUUGUUUUGUGAAAUACCACUGGCAAACCUGACUCAAGCCUGUUACCUGUAAGCUUGGAAUGAAUGAAUAAAUGAAUGACAUUUGACAUUCACUCUUCCACAAGGAUAUGUAAGUAAGUACACAAAACUAAAAUAACCAGCCGAGAAAUAACUAAAUUUGAUGUGGGAGAUAUGAUAUAGGC